AUGGCCGAAAAAGAUAAUUCAAAUUUGGGUGAAAAACUGGAGCCGAAAGAAGAACAAAAGUCGCAAUCGACAUCAGUUUCACCGCAAAUCUCGCCUGGGAGCUCACCUAUAUCGACUUUAGAACAAAAGCGUAGAAAAGAAACAGAUGCACGUACAAUAUUUAUAAGCAACGUAUCUUCUAGCGCCUCACCGGAGGAUUUGACCACGUAUUUUAGCGAUUGUGGCAAGGUAAAUCAUGUCACCAUGUUAUGCAACAAGGUUGAUGGUCAUGCUAAAGGUUUGGCUUAUAUUGAGUUCAGUUCAAAGGAGGCUGUACCAAAGGCGUUAGCUUUGAAUGGUCAGCUUUUUAGGGAACGGGAACUAAGGAUUUCAAUGAAACGCGCUAGUAUUCCUGGCAUGCAGAUGUCAGAACAUUUUCCACGUGGUAGUUUCCAUGGUUAUGGACAAUUUCGUGAGAGAGGUCGCCGCUCAUGCUCACCACACGGCAGCCCCCGCGUUAGUGGCUCAAAGAGUACUGAGGGGUUUUUGGGUUAA